AUGGCGAUGAUGAUGAGUGGCCGUGUGCUGCUGGUGUGUGCCCUCUGCGUGCUGUGGUGCGGUGCCGACGAGAUUUACGCUGAAGGAGAUUUGGAAGGUCCGCUUGCUGCACUUUCACCUGGUCUGGCGCCAAGUUCUCCUGGUGAUGUUGGCUCAUUGGACAACACUGGAAGUUUGGCCGGACAUGGGGUUGGGGUUGGCAGAAGUGAACCGUUGGAAAAUGCAGUGAGUGGUGGUGACGUCUCUGAGGACUUGUUGAAUUCUAACAAUGAUGAUGAAGAGUCAUGUAGUGCGGAUGAAGAGUCGGGUUGUGGGAGCGAAGACGGACAUCGUAGGCAAGAAAACCGUGAUGAGGUAGCCGAAGAUGAAGUUCGAAUUAUGCCUCAGAACGAUCAAUCAGAAAUAACACCAAAGGGUCCACAAAUACCGGCAAGGGAAGACAAUGCAGCACAACUGCAACAGAAACAGCCACCACAAGGAGUGCAUCUAACUUCAGCAGCACAUGAACGAGCUCAAGAUGCUAGUGAAUUGCGCACGCCCCUAAGCAAGAAUUUAUCACAGCAGAAAACGGGGGCAGUCUCAUCCCAAUUUGCGAUACAUACACCAACGGAUAAUGAAGAAGGUAAAAUUCCAUCCCCUCCGCCCAAGAGUGGCAGUGAUACGUCCAACAGUCCUGAGCAGCUAGUUGCCGCAAAAAAAGAACGAGGAAAUCAACGUGAGGGCGCCGAUGAUAGUCCAACAGAGAGUAAGGAGGAUAAAAAUCCACCAGCAACCACAAGAAAAACUGAUGCGGAGAAUACACACAGCAGCGUCAGCAGCUCUGCAGCAGACACAACCCCGAAGCCUGACGCUGUCACAGAAGAAAAUCCGCCCGCCACUGAUUCGAGUCGAACAUCCAGUGAGGAUGCCGAACAGCUCACAGCUAUUCCCAAUCCUGACGACGCAUCAGACAGCACAGAGAAUGCAGCCACUCAGAGUGCAGAAUCAGCAAACAAAACAAAUGAUACGGCGAAGACUGCCGAAAGCGACAGUGACAGCAGCACUGCUGUCUCCCAUACCACCUCCCCUCUUUUGCUUCUUGUUUUUGCGUGUGCGGCUGCGGCUGCGGUGGUAGCUGCGUGA